CGCCUCCUUCCUUGCAAAAAAGGCGAAGAUGGCGUUGGCGCGGGUUGCAUGCAACGGCUGGGCCGGCCUGGGGUGGAGGAGCGCGUGGCGGCUGCCCCGGGCCGGCUUCUCCUCCUCCUCCUCCUCCGGGAGCUCGGGCCGUGGCUGGAGCUGGCCUCCCUCCAGGGUCUUGCUGGGGGCCGCCUUCGCGUUGGGAGCCGCGGUGGGCACCGGCCGGACAUUGCACCGCCGCUUCGGAGCCCAGGAACAGCUGGCCGAGCAGCACCGGGACGGGAUCCUGCCGGAUAGCCAUCUCCAUCUGACGCUCUACCAGUAUAAAACCUGUCCGUUCUGUAGCAAAGUCCGAGCUUUCCUGGAUUAUCACCGGCUGCCAUAUGACAUUGUGGAGGUGAACCCGGUCAUGAGAAAAGAAAUCAAGUUUUCCUCCUACAGAAAAGUCCCCAUUCUCCUCAUCGAUACAGAAAGUGCUCUGCAACUGAACGAUUCGUCCGUCAUCAUCAGCGCCAUUAAAAGCCACCUUAUUUCCAGGAAGAGCUUGGAAGAAAUCGCCACUUACUACCCUUCCAUAACAGCCACAAAUAGCGAAGGGAAGGAGGUGACCGAAUUUGGGAACAAGUAUUGGUUGAUGCUGGACAGCAAGGAGUCUCUCUGCGUUUAUCCUGUCGAGGAAGCAAGGAAGGAGGAAAUGAAAUGGCGGAAGUGGGUAGACGAUCGGCUGGUCCAUUUGAUCUCUCCCAAUGUUUACCGCACGCCGGGAGAAGCCCUGGCUUCCUUCGACUACAUCGUGCGGGAAGGGAAGUUUGGCCUGGUGGAAGGCUUUUUUGCCAAAUACGUGGGAGCGGCUGCCAUGUUCUUCGUAAGCAAGAGGUUGAAGAAAAGGCACCACAUGCGGGACGAUGUCCGUCAAGACUUGUACGAGGCGGUCAACGAUUGGAUGAAGGCUGUUGGCAAGCACCGGAAGUUCAUGGGAGGAGACCAUCCUAACCUUGCCGAUUUGGCAGUCUACGGAGUCCUACGGGUCAUGGAAGGUUUGGAGGCUUUUGGCGAUGUGAUGGAGCACACCAAAAUCCAGCCUUGGUACCAACGCGUGGAGGAUGCCAUCGGGCAGGGGGAGGCUGCCAACUGGGCACGUUGCUGAGUCUCGGGGAUCAAGGUUUUUUUGCCUUGCUUAGGAAGAGCUGUUUCGAUUUAAAGCAGUGUAGUUCUGCGCAUUGGAACCGGAGUAGAACUAAAAUCACGGAGAAUCCCAAGCAGAAGCAGGAAGAUACGGAUUUAUUUUGAUUUUAGGGAAGAGGUUAGAAGAGCCAAUAGGAGGCUGUGUUCUUUGGAGGCUGGAUUUUGAGUUAAAAGCAACUACCUUUCGAAAACACGAAAUUCAAUGCCCGAAUGGAAGGAAACGAAUGCUCGGACGUUAUUAUGAAGCCUGUUUCUGCUCCAGGAAAGAAAAUAUUUCGAAUUUUCCUUGCCAACGCUGCCUCGUUGGCAAGCCGGCUGAAUUGUCAUGUUAGUACCAGCUUACGAAAGGAAAUGCUUGUUUUCCCGUGUUCGGUUUUAACGGUUAUAUAUUCUGGGAUGCCUGUUAAAUCAGGAUUGACUGGCAUUGGAGGCAGGUUUUCUCUUCGAAUUGCAAUUCCUUGGGGUUUAUUUUUAUUUUUAGAAGCCUCCGAGUUGCUUAUAGUUAUAGGCACAUACGAUGCUUUUACAAUGAUAUUACUGUACAGUUUUGAAGAGUGCAAUAGUCUUUAUUUGGAGGGGACAUCUCUUCUUCGGAUUCAAAUAGGAAGUUGGGAGUAGACGUUUGGGGGAAAAGAUAUAUAAGAUCCUGUCCUAAGGAAUUUUAUGGAAAAAAACUCGGAUUUAGCUAAGCUUAAAAAGUGAGUCCUUGGUACCAAUGCCAGAAUAGUUCAGGUGUGAUUCCUGUGCACUAUUAUUAGCCUAUAAAUUUAUUUACUGUGGCUAUGAUACAUCAAGGGAACUUGUUCACGAAUGAAAUAACCUGCCACGUUGAUAUAGCUCUUACGUUUCAGAGUUUUAGAAGAGACAUAUUUAAGAAUUGUCAACUGAAACGAUUCUCAUGAAAUUAUUAUUAUUUUGGUCAGGAGGAAUUUGCAGUUACCCAACCAGCUGCCAAGCUGUUCCUGUUGUUGGUUUUAGUGAAACAGCUCUUUACUUACACAUAAAAUUUGAGAAGCAAAUUGAGGCAAAAUGAGUGAUGGCUUUGUGUAUGAAAUAACAAAUAUAGGCUGAUUUUUUUUUAUUUUUUUUUUGAGAAAUAUAGUGAGAUACAGAUUUCUCAAGCUGGUUUUUUUGAUCUGCCAGCAGAAGCCAGUCUCUUUUUGAGAGGCAGAUUUUGAGGCAAAAAAAAAAAAUCCCUAAACCAGCUGUGUGAUGUUCAGCUUAAGAGGCCAAACCUUCACAAAAUUCUUCCAGCUCAGGAAAGCAAAAGUUACAAUUAAAAAAAAUAUAUAUU